UUCCACAAAUUCGAGAAAUUCAUAACUACAACAAUGUUUCGUCGCCUAGCCUUCAAAAAUGGAAAACUUGCUCUUGUCGCUCUUUUACUUAUUUUCAUUUUUAUAUUUGUUAAUCGUGAUCCGAAUGGUGGAGAUGAGAGAAGAACACAAACCACGACAGUACAUUCAACCCGAUUCAAUGUGAAAUCCACGACGCGCAAACAGGCUAAUAAACCUGCUACCCCAAUCAAAGAAUUCUGUGUCUUCGAUCACAAAUGCAAAAUACCACGAAUUGAUCCAUUUUCCCAAGACGCUAUGACCUAUUUUAAGACACCCAAAUUUAAGGAAUGUACGAAUCAGCCAGACCUAUUAACCGUUCGAUUCGAUCGGCAGAAGAGACAAUAUGUCGUACACGUUAACGUACUUGUAUCCAUGAAACUAUUACCGAAUUUGUCCGACUUUAGCUGUGCCUACUCUGAGAUAAUGCGCGGACCGAAUGAUUCUCUAACCUGGAAUGUUGGGCCCUAUUAUUUUGACCAAGAUUGGGUCGUACCUCGUCGCAUUCAAGGUAUUAUAGUGGAGUGUUAUGAGUUCCGCAACAAAUCGCGAAUUAUACAACGCAACGCAUUUUCCUUUAUCCAGCAUCAAUCCGAUCGAGACGAGAAGAUCGACGAAGAACGCACUCGGAACCAUCCUAGCGUUAUAAUGCUGGGCAUUGACUCCAUGUCGCAGAUGAAUUUCCAGAGGGCAAUGCCACUCACAGCCCAGUUUGUACGUCAGCUGGGCUGGUAUGAGAUGCUUGGCUAUAACAAGAUUGGCGAUAAUACAUUACCCAAUAUGAUGGCUCUGUUGACGGGUCUUACAACGCGUCAGUGGCGAUCCAAAUGCGAUUUGGAAAAGCCAGGCUGUUUCGACUCAUUUACCUACCUCUGGAAUAAUUUUCGGAAUGCUGGCUAUCUGACUGCCUAUGCCGAGGACACGCCCAGCAUUGAUACUUUUCACUAUAUUUUGCCAGGAUUCAUUCGACAACCUGUGGAUUAUUAUCUACGCCCUUUUCUAAUGGUUAUCCAGCAGCUAUUAGUUACGGUAAAGCACUAUGGCUACGACUAUUGUCUGGGCCGCAGGCAAAGUUUCCGGUACGUGUUCGACUAUUGUCUGCAGCUGGUUCAGCGUUUUGUCGACGAGACGCCGAAGCCAGUCUUUGGGGUAUUUUGGUCAAAUAGUUUUAGUCAUGAUGAUUUUAGAGGCGCGGCAAGCGUGGACAAGGAUUUUGUGCGGUACCUUGAGCUGUUCAAGAAGCAUCGUUUGUUCGAAAAAGCAGUUGUCAUAUUGUUUAGUGAUCAUGGCCAACGCCAGGGAGCCCUGAUGGAGCUAACAUCAAGCUUUUUGGAAGAGCGAUUGCCUAUGCUGCACAUUUAUUUACCUCCCUGGUAUCGAAAGCAGUAUCCAGAGGUCGCGCAUGCUCUUGACGUGAAUCGUCGUCGUUUGAGCUCCACCGUAGAUUUGCAUUUGACCGUAAAGAACUUUGUCCAGCAGGCGGAUCCUGGCUUAUUGUUGGAAUCACCUUGCUUAAAAUGUCAAUCGCUACUUCAAAUCUUGCCCGUCAACCGCAGUUGCGAGGACGCGUCCAUACCCGAGCACUGGUGCACCUGUGACUCGUAUCUACAAGUGCCUUGCAGCGAUUUACUGAAAUACUGGGCCCGGAAAGUUGUCAAUCUUAUAAACAUGUAUCUGAGUACGAAUAAUUAUGACAAAAAGUGUCAUCGUUUGAAGCUCUCGAGAUUACAAAGAGCUGAGCGCAUGCAGCACUUUGAUGAAAAUGGGAAUGAUGUGAUGCCGUCUAGCAGACUUCAGACAUAUCGCAUCAAGUUCACCACCCAGCCAAAUGGGGGCUUGUUUCGUGCAACGUUUUUGACCGACUGGGAAGGUAAAGUGCAAGUACGCAAUGAAUUCAUAACACGUUUGAAUUCUUAUCGGAAUGAGUCAUUUUGCAUUUCUGAUCGCAUUGCCAAGAUGUUUUGCGCUUGUUUAAAAGCACGUCUAAAGACUUUAUAUGAUGUGAUUAAUAUCAACGAUAAUGGGACUCCAAUGGAUCUCUAAAAUAAAAUUUGCAAAUAAAACUACCACAACAGUUGUG